CUUUUUGAGUGAAGCGUUCAUGUCCAGUGGUCUUAUGCAUGGUUCAGCUGACUCACAUUAUAAUAUUCGGCACUUUCAAAUUUGUGACAGCUAACAAUGAUGCACAGCCUGGGUUUUCUCAUUGGGGUCCAGCUGUACAUGAAGUUGAAGAAAACGACAUUAUCCACAAUGUAGGCCUAACAAGUAAUUCUCAAAGUAAUUUCACAAUAUCUCCUGAGCAAAUUUUGCCUCUUCCUCAUGUAGGACGAGCGAAUGUUCAACAGACAAAUCAUAAAAAAGGUAAAACUGUUGUGGUAACAAGCUCUUCAUACAAACAUGAACUCAUGGAUCAAAUUGAAGAGAAGCUCAACAAAAAUCAACCAGCAGCCAAGAAAUCACUAAUUCAGAAGGUCAAAAGAAAAUGUAAAGAAGACCAAAAACGUUGGAUACAGGAAUCAAAAGCGCAGGAUCAUAAAACAGAAAGAAAAAGAAGAUGGAGAUAG